AUGGGCACUAUACUCGAGAAAACCGGCUCAGUGCAUAUCAACGAUGGGAUGCUGAAAGAGUUGGAAGAGCAGCUGUCUGACUCUAGGGUUCUGACGCCCGACUCAGAGGGGUAUCAUGCUGCAACGGAGCGUUGGUCAAACACAGCGGAGAAGGAGGCGAGCCUCGUCGUCGUUCCCGGAAAUGAGGAGGAUAUUUCGAAGACUAUUAGUUUCGUCCAAAAAUACGGGCUUGACCUUGCAAUCGUGGGAGGAGGCCAUUCAACUUCUGGGGCGGGAUCGACGCAGGGUGGGGUAUUGAUUAGCCUGUCGAGGAUGCGUCGCGUCACGGCAGACCCUGCGAAGCGCACUGUGACCGCUCAAGGUGGCGCUCUGUGGGAGGAUGUUGAUCGGGAGGCAGCAGCGCACGACUUGGCAACUGUAGGAGGCGUUGUGAAUCACACGGGUGUCGGCGGCCUGACCCUAGGUGGGGGUUAUGGCUGGCUGAGUGGCCAGUAUGGACUGGUGAUUGACAACUUGCUCCGUGUCAAGCUGGUUUUGGCGGAUAGCCGCAUACUGACAGCUUCGGCGGAGGAAAACCCAGAGCUCUUCUGGGCGAUCAGGGGCGCAGGGCACAAUUUUGGAGUGGUCAGCGAGUUCACAUUCAAAGCGUUCGAGCAGAAAAGAGAGGUGUAUGCUGGACUUCUUGCAUUCACGCCUGAUAAGCUCGAGCAGGUCAUCGAGUUCGCAAAUCACCUCGUGGGAGAUGAUACUGCCGAUGGCCGGUCCGCGAUCUACUGCUUUUUGGCUGUGCCACCGGGAAGUUCCGAACCAACAAUUGUUUGUUGCGUCGUGUCGAAUACUUCCGAGGAAGAAGGGCAAACGCGCUUUGCGGAUCUCCUGGCCCUCAAUCCAGUCAUGAAUUCGGUCAAUGCACUGCUGAACGAUGUAGCAGUGGCUGGGGAUCGGAAAAGCAUGAAGGGGUUUUCUUUCGUAUUACCGAUGCGUCCUGAAUUUGUGCGAACGAUGUUUGACGAGUAUGCCCGCAUAAUCAAGGAAGAACCAGAUUGUAUCAAGACCUUUGUUGUCUUUGAGUUUCUUCAAAUGGGCAAAGUCGUCAGUCAUUCACAGCCAGGGAUGGCCUUUGCUAACCGUGGAGGGUUUUUAAAUGGAGGCGUAUGGAUGUGGUGGAAGGAUCCAACAAUCGAUUCCACAGCGCGCGCCGCCGGCAGGUACCUCAAAGGCCUGACCGUGCAAGAGUUGGAAAAGGAUCUCAAAAACAAUCGACCAGCGUCAGACAAAGUUAUGAUUUACUCAAACUUUGUUGAGACUGGAGAUAAGAGCUUGGAGGAGCUUUUUGGACCCAACCUGGACCGCCUUAAGAAGCUCAAAAGAAAGUAUGAUCCGAACAAUGUUUUCAAUAAGAUGCACCCUAUCCACACAGAAUGA